ACGCUGGCCGUGCUCAACCCCCUCAAGUCGGCAGAACAAUCCAUCAUGCAGGACACAGAUCUAGCCGGUCCUUUGGUCUUCUGCAUGGCCUUCGGUGGCUCGCUACUUCUGACCGGCAAGAUCCACUUUGGCUACAUCUACGGGAUCGGGUUGGUGGGUUGUCUGGCCAUGUACUGUCUGCUCAACCUGAUGAGCCUGGGGGGCGUGUCUGUCGGGAUCAUCAUCAGCGUGUUGGGCUACUGCCUGCUGCCCAUGGUCUUCCUCUCCUUCUCGUCUGUCGUUUUGUCUCUCAAUGGCAUAGCUGGGCUGGUCCUAGUGACCGUGACAGUGGCAUGGUGCAGUAUGUCGGCCUCAAAGCUUUUCGUCUCCGCCCUACGUAUGGACAGCCAACAGCUGCUGGUUGCCUACCCUUGUGCUCUAGUCUAUGGGGUGUUUGCACUGCUCACAGUUUUUUAAAAACUUGGAUUUCAGUUUUUUUCUUUCUUUAAAAACUUGAAUUUCAGUUUUUUCAAAAAGUUGGAUUGGAUGGGAAAACUAUACAAGAACUGUGUAUGGACUUUUUGAUUGGUUGAGCAAUAUCACAUGACUUAUGAAUGAAAUUAUUGAACUUUAGAAUGUUGUAUUUGAUACUAAACUUUUUAAAUGAAAUAGGGGAGUUGAAUUGUGAAUAAUUCAUGCAUGAAAUCAAUGAUGUUUGAUAACAUUUAUGCUUAAAUCCUGACUUUCACUUCCUGUUUGUACUGUCAGCUGUUGGCAUUAAAACCAAAAUAAACACA